CCAGACUUAUCUCCAGAAGUCGAGCUGGAGAAGAUGUCUUGGGGCAUUGCAUUAGGGUCCAAUUGGACAGCCAUACUGCAGGUCAUUCCUGGGUCAGAUGUUCCAAAAUGGUUCAACUUCCAGGACAGGUUUGAGAAGAGGGUCCAUGUGCCCAACACAACGACCCUGAGGAUUGAUGACCUGACCCUUGGGGACAGCGGGCUGUACCGGGCUCGAGUCAGCUACAGUAACGGAACAGAAGGUGACCAGGAUUUCCACCUGACGGUCUAUGAGCCUGUGCCCCGUCCCGAGAUCCGGGCCACGGUUCCGUCCCUCACACCAGGCUGGUGCAACGUCACCGUGGAGUGUGACACCACGGGAACCAGGGAGAACCUGACAGUGUCCUGGGAGAGUGAGGGCCUCCCCAGGGAGCUGGAGCAGAGACCGUCCGUGGGACCAGCCCCCAACCCCUGGACCCUGGCUGUGACCCUGCCCCUGAGCCAGCCCCACGCCAGCCUCACCUGUGUGGUCAGCAACCAGGUGGACCAGAAAACUGCCACCCGGGGCCUUGGGGAUGUCUGUGGCCACAGACAGACCACUGCUGACCCUCUGCCAGGCAUCCUGGUGGCUGUUGCGAUCGUGCUGCUGAUCCUGGGAGCUGGACUGUACCUUUGGAAGAGACGUGGGGAGAAGAAGAACGUGGAGCCUGGGAGAGGUGCAGGAUCGCAGGAGGGGCACAGGGACCCGGAUGCUGACAUACUGUAUGCAGAGCUGAGCCAGCCGGAGUCUGGAGACAGGAGGGACAAGGGUAGGGGAGCCCCUGAUCUAGAAGACGAGAGCCCUCUCACCACUGUCUACAGUGAGGUCGGCAGGCCAGGCCAGGCCACAGUUGUGAUUUAAUGGGAAGAAGCAGGAGAAUCCUGCCCUCUGGGGACACCUGUCUCGUGAGCGUGACGCCUGCAGCUCGGGUCCUGCCUCCUCCACCUCUGAGGCUCUGAGCAGGGACUGGAUGGAUCCACCGUCAGUUAUUUCUGUGCUAAAUCGUUCCACACAAGGUCACCGUGAGACACACACAGGGGUAGAUCAUUGGGGAAACUGAGUAAAUAAUUUGUACAAACCUGUUCCAGGACUGCUCAGCCUCAGCUACGUGUCAACCCCUUACGGCCCCGCUCUCCCCCUGGUCUGUACGAGCUCCUCGGGGCUCAGUUAGGACUUUUCCCUAUGCUCCAAGGCCCUUCUCUGGGACAUGUCAUCUCCUGCAUUCUUCUCUCUGGCUCUUCCCCCUGACCCUGCUGGCUCCUCCCCUGCAGCCCUCACCAGGUCUCUGUGCUGCCCCUCUCCACGCCUAAGCCGUCAUUUGGGUCGCCUUACCGGGACCUCUAGAGCACCUGGAAGUGACCUGCAGGUGACACCAUUGACUCCCCUUCCCUGCUCCAGCCACCUGUGACCUCAGAUUCCCUGACGGACCCUGUCCUGGAUCCCCCGCCCACCUGUCGCCCUCCCAGACUCCUCAGCUGUCCUCCCAGGGCUGCUCUUCAGUCACAGGGUGGGGUUUCUGAGCUUUUGGGCAGGACCCUUCCCAUCUCCUGUGUCCUCCUCUCUCUGGGGCCCCUGCCCCGUGGCCUUCAGUGACCAGUGACACCGCUGAUGCCCAGGGAAGUCUCCCCGCCCCAUGCCUUCUGCUCAGCCCCAUCCCUGCCCUCCAGUCCCACCGGCCUCUGAGUGGGGGGUCCCACUCCGCACUGACCUGUGCUGGGCACCUGUGUCCUCCACCAUCUCUGGCUUCCUUGUCUCAGGAAAUGCCCCCCCUCCCGGCUCCUUGCUCCCCACUCAGGGCUGCUGCUGCAGCGCCUCCAAAGUCUCAGGCCCUGUGCCCAGCACCUCCGCUGCAGUGACAGGAUUUUAUUUUCACAAUUUCAGAGGGAAGAAAGAAAUCCGGAGUCUUUACUUGUUUCUGGUACUUACUGAACAGGAAAUAGGCAGAGUUCCCUAGAGCAGCCCACAUGUCCCUCAACUCUCCUUCCCGAACUUUGGGGCUGUGGGGGCAGGCUCCCCCAUCCUCACCCCUGCCCCUGUGUCCUCCUCCAACCUCUCCCCCUGCGGUCACAGUGCCCACUUCCCCUUCUGUAACAUCCGGGACCUGGUGAGAAAGAGCAGGAGCUCCUCUCCCACAGGAAGGAAAGCAGAAGCAAGGAUCACCUGUGUAAUCAGGAAAUAAAUGUGCAUAUUUUGUUUGCAAGAGACAUGGGAGCCGUUCACCUGAGUCCAUGAAAAAUACUGUAAGGUCACCUCUUGGUAAGGGACACAUUUUAUCUCCUUCCUUGCUGUACCCACAAAUGCUGGGGCUCCUGACCCAGGUCCCAGAGCCUGUAGGGGAGGAGUGAGCCAGCAGGGAGCCCAGCUGGGGCUCUUCUUGGAGAAGCAGCUGCAUCCAGGCUGCUCCUCUGUCCCCAGAGCUCUGCCCCUGUUGUGCCCACACAGCAUCUGUCCCCGAUCUCACAGAGCUGUGAGCAUGGCAGCAUGACGACGGCCCCAGGAGCCACCUGUGCCCCCAGCAGAGCCGGGUGUGUGCUCUGGGCUGCCCACAACCACGGAGGCCAGACGUGCUCUGGAGAAGGGGGCAGGUGUCCCUGCCUCGGCCACGGGGGGGUCACCUUACCUGUCCCUGCAGCCAGACUGCCCAGCGUCCCCCAUGCUGGGGAAGGAUAGGGGCAUGGCUGGGGCCAGGUGGCUCUCCCAGGGAUGUCGUUUCUGUCCUUCGACACUGACCCAUAAGACGCUUUCCUGGGAACACGAUGUGAGUCCAGCAGACUUGGGCAGGGCCAGCUCGUGAUGAGCUCAUUUUUAUCAAGAGUCAAAGUUGACAGAACUAAGGGAGCUACUACUGCCGAUUAUUUCCAAGAACAAUUUCUAGGGCUUCUGGGGGCUCAGUGGGUAGAACAUCUGAUUCUUGAUCUCAGGUCUGGAUUCCUGGGUUGUGAGUUCAAGCCUCACGUUCGGUGGGGAGCACACUUGAAAUAAAUAAGUAAAUAAAUAAAGGUAUAAUAUUUAAAACAACCGAAGGACGUGACAUCACAUCCUCAUAUUGAAGUGCAGUUCUCUGUAAGUCUGCGAGGGGAAAGGUCAUGGACGUAUAUUUGCACGUGUCCUCGAGGCGGGACACAGGACUGUUGGCAGAAAACACCAGAAUGCAGAGCCCUUCCCAGCCUUUCAUGGGAUCGGAUUCGGUCCUUUUCCGUGUGUCCUGUGCGUUCCAGGAGGGCACUUGGAGCGUGAACGCCAGGAACACGGAUCCUGUAAGGAUUGUGGCACCAACGUCUCUCCAGCGGUUUUUCUCCGUUUUCCUGUAACUGGAACUCAUCUCCUUCUCAGAGUAAAGAGUCUCUUCUGUAGUCUGUGAGAAUUCCCUUCCUACAUUGCUUAAGUAUCAGUCAGACAGACAGACAGACAGGAGUGGGGCGGCUGGCAGACCCACAGGUGCACACGUCACCCGCCCUUGGGUGAGCUCCUGCCUCCGUCUACACUACACGGUUGGUCUCCGGAAAUUUCCUCCCUCCCAGCUUUUCCUGAAGUCCGGCCACUUGUCUAUCUGUCCAUCAUGUCACAUUUUCCCAAGUAUCACUCAGGUUAGGUUACAGGCACUGAAAGAACCAGUCGAAUGUCUUUAUUAAAGGAGACAGGGGGUGCUGGACAGUGAGGGUCCAGAUGACCGGGACCUGCUCGGCAGGAACUCCACCGGGAGUGAUGGCACCAGAGCUGGUCCAAACACAGGGGGUCACCUGUGGCAGAGACAUCACAGCUCCCACCCCAGCCCCACGGAGUUGGACACCUGCCAGGUCCUAGGAUGGCUGCCUCCACUGCCUGAGGGGACGGCCACUGCCAGCAGCACAGACCCUGUCAUCCCUGCUCCUGCAUCACUAGCUCGAAGAUGAAAGUCUGGGGUGGGGGUAUCUGGCCCCAGGAGCCCCGGUCAUGGGCUAUCUCAGCUGCAAAGGAGGCGGGGGCCAAGGGGGACCCGGCAUUUCCUGCUUCUGUGGGGGGACGGUGACUGUGCCUCAUGAGGGAGACAAUUCCCCAAAUGCGGGAAGGAAGUUCACACACCGAGCAACAGAUACGAAAUCUGUGCCACGUCCUUUCCAUGACCUUCCUGGAACUCGUAAUUAUCUGAACUCACCUGGAGACCCUGUCCCCCCGCGCAGGCUCCCGGACGAGGCCGGGAGCUCCGUGAGAACAGGGACCCGGUCUGCUCAGCCACCACUGUGUCCCCAGCAGCCUCAGCCAUGCCAAGCGCGUCCAGCAUCGACGGCAGGAGGCCGGCUGAGGACCCAACGGGGCACAGACUGUACCAGACAAGGAGAGAUCAGGAAAGAGACAAGGGUCACAGGGCACAGGCCAGCAGAAGGUCGGCGAGACCAGCACCGACAGUGACCGCUGGGUCUGUAAUCGCUUGGGUUCUGAGUGACCUAGUCAGGAGCAGCCUUGGAGGGGCGGGGACCAGACGCCCUGCCGCAGGGUGCUGGGGAUCACGGGGCAGAGCGGGGAGAGCUGUUUCCUCGUGUUGCACACAAACAGAGGGAAACCGGGUGAUUAUCAGCUUCCCUAUUUUGCAGUGUUUUCCCCGAUUAGAGCAAAGUCCACGCUGGCUGUGAGCUGCGGGGGGAAAGAGAGCGCCCGAGGCUGGGAGGUGACAGAUCGGUGCCUGACCCAGCGGUGGGGGCUCUAGGCAAGGUCAGCAACGGAGCAGCAACUCUGCAGCUUGGCCUCCUCGUCUGUGAAACGGAGCGGCUCCUCUGCUUACAAACACGCCUGUGAUGCGAUGGGACCACAGGUCCUACAGCAGCGUCGUGCCUGUCCCCUUCUCUUCCCCAUCGUAGCUAUUCCCUCACCAAAUGUCCAGAUUGCAAUCGACCCCAGUGCCUCCCGCCCCCUGGAAAGGACCGUGGGGCGACUGUCCCGCUGCAGCUGACCCCCUCCUUGGACCCGAACGUCCGAGAGAUGGAGUGGGGUCGGCGUUCUGAGCCUGAGGAAGAAGAGAUCCUGGUGUCCUGGGAGCGUGAGGCCACUGGUCUUGACUGGCAGGAGCUGGAGGAAAACUCCAGGAGCGGACUCUCCCUGACGGAGACGGCGGUUUCAGCAUCUCACUGGGGAAAUGAGUGGAUGGUAUACAGGAGACGUCACAUUCACACAGGAAAAUCCCAGAAGGAAGCCUUCAGACUCUGUGUGUGGCGAGUGGCCACGUUGUGUAGUUGGGACAGAGAUGACACGGCCAGCGCCACCGAAAACGUUUACUGUCUGACCCUUUCCAGUAAAGCCGCCCAUCCCGCCCCGGAUGACACUGCUGACACAGGGGAUCGUGUAACUCUGUGGGUUCUCCUGGGGAUUAAAGAAGGUGAUGGAAAGCCCGUGCGGCUGUGCCUGGGAGUCCACACCUGCUCCGUAAACGGGAACGACUUCUUCCCUCUGCUGCUGGAGUACAUUCCACUAAUGAAGUUCCUCAUUAUACUGUCCUUGCAUUCCUACAAUAAAUGCAACGUGAUCGUAUUGUA